CUACCUGCCCCUUAGGCCUUAACCCACCUCCCUUAAAUACCCACCUUUUUCUACUAACCUUUCCUACAUAUAUCACUUUGCUAAAAAAUCUUUCUAUGAAAUAGUAGUAACCAAUUUCUCUCUCUCUCUCCCCCUUUUGUGUGUGAGAAAUAUAAUGUCCAUAAACCAUAUUUCUUCAGAACUUCCAGAAACAGUGUGGUGGACUAAACAACAACAACAACAAUAUAUCAUAGACUCCUCAACCAACAAAUCCUCAUCCUCUCUUUGGCCUCCUCCUUCUCAAUUCUACCCACCUCAAACUAAUACCAUGUUCGCCUUCAACCUUAACAACAACAGUACUAGUACUAUUAACGACGAGGAUGAGGAACAAGAACAACAAGAACAAGAACAAGAAAAAGAACAAAAUUUGGAACAUCAAGAAAUCCCAAAAGAGCAUUUGUUCGAGAAACCUCUAACACCUAGUGAUGUUGGGAAGCUCAACAGGUUGGUCAUCCCAAAACAGCACGCUGAGAAGUAUUUUCCUCUCAGCGGAAACAACAAUAACAGCAACAACAACAACAAUGAUUCGAGUACUGAAAAGGGAUUGUUAUUGAGCUUCGAGGAUGAGUCAGGAAAGUCAUGGAGAUUUCGAUAUUCUUACUGGAACAGUAGCCAGAGUUAUGUAUUGACCAAAGGUUGGAGCCGUUUUGUCAAGGAAAAAAGGCUUGAUGCUGGUGAUAUUGUUAUGUUCGAGCGACACCGGUCAGAUGCUGACCGGCUAUUUAUUGGGUGGAGGCGGAGGAAUACUGCAGUCAUCCCUGCAGCUGCUGCAGCACAAGAUAGUUGUGCUGCAGCAGUAGCUCCGCUUCCGCCAGGGAUGGUGGGCCCUGGAUGGGCCCAGGUAUACUACGGUGGGCAUCCUUAUCCAGGGCCUGGUGCAGGUCUUCCAUACCAACCUGACUGUCUUCAUGCAGGAAGAAGAGCAAUGCAGAACCAAACAACAGCAAGUGUGAACAAUAAUACAAGAAGACAGGUGAGGUUGUUCGGGGUUAACUUGGAAUGCGAGGUCGAUGAGUCAUCAUGGUCGGAGCCACCUCCGACCCCAGAUGGUGGUGGCUCUUCCACAUCGAGCCACCAUCAUGGUCAAGAUCAAGCCAGCCAACACUAUUAUCAAUACCAAUUUCAGUAUUCAAAGCCUCAUGUUCCAGCAGCUGCAUCUUCCUAUAACAAUAAUAACCAUCACAAUCACACGGAUAUGAAUUUCUCAAGAGAUGUCAACCAGAUGAGAUAUCACCAGGGAUAAGAUCUGCUGUAGAUUUGACAUCCAGGAUUGACUAUUACAGGCACUUGGAACUUUUUUUGUAUUAAAAAAAAAUGAAAAUAUUCUUGGAAAAAUAGGGAAAGAAAAUCCAAAAAGGGAAAAAAUCCCAGAUUUUCUGGCAACUUUCUCCCCCUAAAAAAGAUAAGUGUAUAUCAUAAAACUCUUUAACGCGUAUUCCAAGUCCAAGGGGAAUGGAAAGAACCAUAUAUAUGAAAUAUUUGGAGAUGCAACUUUGAAAGAGACUAGAGGGUGUUGGGUUUGUGAUGUGGGGAGAGGUGGGCCCAUCAGAAUAUAGAUGACGUCAGAAAAAACCCAGAUGGAAGAAUAUAUAAUUACAUAAUUUUUUUUUUUAGUUUUUGUUUUUCCUAUUUUGGUUGGAACCUGUGGAGAUUCUGCCUGAAGAUUUUUGUUAGGCUUUCAUCAUAAUCAUGACAAUUGACCAAAAAUGAAGAAUAGUAAGAGAGGAAGAAGAAAGAUGGCUCUUCUGCCAAGUGGUAGUGGUAGCUAGUGGGUGGUGGACUUGUUUUCUUAUUGAUAUAUGAUAAGAUGGCAGUCUGUCACAGCCCAAUUAGUCAUUUUAUAAAGGAAAAAAAAAUGUUCUUUGCCAUCUCUUGAAAGGCAGCUAACAGUUAACUACUUUUCUUUCACAUGUUGAUGCUAAUCCAAUGGCAGAAUUCUUUUUGUUCAACAGUAGUAGAUGUAUCUGUACAUUGUACUUUUCGUGUUUUGAUGAUUCGUAUGAAAAUCUGAUGAAAAGACUCAUCAAUCUUUACCUCUGUGAA